AAUUAUGUGUACGUGUUCAUUAUGCCGAUAAAUUUUUUUCUGUGGCACUGUUCUUUUACCGCGUGCUUUGGUAAGUAGACUGCUUGGACAAUGUGGACAGUGCAGUUUCUUUUAUUUCGCCUCCAUCGAAAUGUCACCGCCGCGGCCGGAAUUCGAUCCCUCGUCUUUGUGCUUAGCAGCACAACGACUUAUUGCCUUUAAGCCAUCACGGCGGGUCCCUUUUUCCUCCGAAUGUGAAAUCAACGUGAGGUAUACGUGGCUCUGGUUAAUCUUCAUAGCCUUUGUUCUUCUGAUAAUUGGCCUUCUUGUGUUGUUCUUCUUAACCAACACCAAAUCAGGGGUUUACCGCGAACAAAUAAUCGUCAGCGUGUCGGAGCCGCAGGCGCCAGGGCCACAAAUUCCCGUAGGACCGACGGCGCGGCCGGACGACAAUGAAAGCAGCGAAACCGCCGAAACAAUAACUGAGGAGUACCCGUCUGCUGACGUCACCACACCUGGAAGGUCAACGGGGGCCAGGAGGCACACGAGCGCGUCGUCGUCGUCGGCUGUGACAACCACAACGAAGGCGGCUGCCGUUGAUGGGGAAUAUUCGUCGACUGCUGCCGAUUUGAGUCGACACAAUGACCGUACGACUAUGCAUUACAUGCCCACUUUUGUACACUUUAUGGGCACAAAAGUUUGCAGUAGUGUGAGAGGCCUACUCUGUGUUUUCUCGGGCGGACGAAAGACCAGGCUUGUUCUUCCCGCCGACGGCGUCUGCAAGUACGUCGCAUUUCACAGCGUCGUGCCAGCGAAACAAUCAAAAGACUUCACGUCUCCGAACAACGGGGAAGCUUUCGAUGCGUUCAUGGUUGAGGCAGGGAAGUUCAGGCGCACCGUGCCGCUGCUCUCCAUCGCCAAACAUGCAUGGGACAAGUUGGCUUCCAAGGGGGAACGCGUCGCCAACGUCACCUCGGCGCUGGAAGUGUACGCAGACAGGGGCAUCGGGGGCUUCGGCUGCGCCCUCUACUACCACACGCUACGCUACGCGCCUGACAGCAAGACUCACCUGGCGCUACUCAGUGAGGACUUCCGCAAGAUGCUGCGAUCGCCGCUACUCUUCUUUCUGGGCCUGGUCGUGGUGGGCUCGGGCCACGGCCUGGGAGCCCGCGACGCCGCGAUUGAACUGGCUCGCAGCGUUGUCGAACACGUGGACCUCCUGGUUGUGGUGAGCCACGUUCCAGCCGACCGGAACUUGCUGCAGGAGACCGAGAGCCUCCGCCAUUGCCUGGUCACCGCCGCGUCCGGUUGGCGCGACGACCACCUUGGAAACAAAAAUCUCCAGUCCACACAACGCGCCGUUGAUGUUCUCCUGGCUCUCAAGGACUCCAAGGCCCGCUUGUUCGUGUCGGCAACGAUGGGUGUCUGGAAGUACGCGGUGGCGGCUCGGAGCAUCCGGAACCUGCCCACCCUUGGCAACAUGAGCUGCGAUUCCCGAGAGCUGGUGCCGUUCGCAGAGGUCUGCAAGAAAAACUUCACAGUCGGCAAUAGCGGCGAAGCUGGGAUUGCCUACGACUACGACUUGGAUAAAUCCACGUGGCGCUCGUAUGAGACGCCGGAAUCCAUUUCUUUCAAAAUUCAGCGUGUGUUUCGACACCUGAAAGACGCCCAAAGUGCGGGCAGGGCCGGCUUCUGGGCAUUAUACGACGUCGAAAUGGACGACUGGGACGGUGAAUGCCACAAUGGCACUCCGAGGAAGCCCGUUAGACUCUACAAAUUUGCGGACCUCACGGCACCUGCCUCUUUGCAAAGAAUUACGUACAGCUAGCACGCAAUGUGCGUUAGCUGCUUGCGAAAUAAACUUACGCGGUAUACAUGUUGCCCACACAGCACCGGCCCUUAGCGACGAUUCCCGCAGUGCAACUUAAAUUAAUCUCGAAGGCCAUGCUUAUGCUAGCUGAAAAUCCCGGACAUGUCGUAAUAUCCGCCAUGUUUUAAACAUUGUCUACC